AUGACAACCAUCCACCAGGUCCCCAAUGAAGCUGGUGCAAACCUCAACAUGGCGCACUUGGUGACAGUCGACUUAGCACGCAUUGUGACCGGUGACUCUCAGGAGAGGCAGAAACUCUACGAUGCUGCUACACGUCCUGGAGCGUUUUUUUUGGACUUCAAGCAGAGCAGUGAAGCUAUACUCGACGCCUCGCAGCAGUUGUAUGCGCUAUCGGACCGUUAUUUUCAACGUCCCCUCACAGAAAAAUUGAAGGAUUUCCGUGAGGAUCAACCUGCUUCCAGCGACCGUGGUUACAAGAGCAGUGAUUGUGAUGAGACAUUCGAGUUUGCCGAUGACGAGCUCUUCCGUGGUGACCUAAGACUCCCGUCUAUUCUGCAGGAUGAAAGCGAUCGAGUCCGGCAAUUCAACAAGCUCUGCCAUGCCGCCGCCAUGAGUAUACUUUCAUCACUCUCUGAUUCCUUGGGUCUGGAGGGCGACGGACGGUUUGAAGCGUACCAUCAGACUACAGACAGCAGCGAUACCGGCCUCAAGCUCAUAUACGAGCCCUCAAUUGACAAGGCCACUGACGUGGUCGAGAAUAAGCACACCGAUAGCGGGAGCUUGACCCUACUGUUCUACGAGCAGCUGGGAUUGCAUGUCUACCUUCCCGAGCAGGACCGAUGGGACUUUGCAGCGGUCCCUAAGCCCGGGUGCGCCCUCGUCACCGUGGCCGACUCCCUGCGACGCUUAUCAGACUUGAAAUUCCACUCGCCGCUGCAUCGUGUCACGCAGCCCAGGGACGGGGCUGUGAAGCGGUAUUUUCUAUCAUACUUUCUUCGCCCUUCCCACACCGCCAAGGCCGCAUAG